AUGAUGCGUGAGAGUAUCCGAAGAGGACCAGUUGUAUGUGAUAGUUCCUAUCCUUGUUCCACACAUGAAGUGUCAUGUAAGCAUUUUAAACCCUCAUCAUCAUUUAAAUGUCAUAAGAAGUAUGGGACUGGAAGAAUGAAACUCUCAUCCAAAAUAUGUCAUAAAAAGGAUACUGGAAAACAUGAAACACUUGGUAAAAACUCUUCAGAAAUUUGUCAACCUGAUAAUAUUCCUAGUAGUAACAGUGAGAAUAGUUCAAUGAAUAUGAAUUCUGAUGAUAAUACGAAAGAGUGUAUAUUGAAUCCUAUUAAUAUGGACGAUUGUAGUAUUCUUCAACAUGAACAAUGUAAUGACACACAAUCUAACCAAAGUAUCUUUUUCGAUUUAUUAUCUAAACUUGAAAGACAUUUAGAUGAAGAGAGAAAAGCCAAUGCCAAAUUACAAGUUGAAUUAAUGAAUAAAACUGAAUAUGAAAAACAAAUAUCUGAUCUACGAUCCAAUUAUGAAACUGAAGUAUUUCGUUUACAAAAUGUGAUAACACGUUUACAAGGCAAUUCACAUUAUAACGAUAAAAUAAGUCAUGAUGACGAAAAACUAGCCAACGUAAAUACAGAAGUUAACGAAGUGAAUGUUAGAAGGAAUAAUGAUGCAGAAUCGAAUACUGACAAGUGUAUUAAACCCAUGCAAAAUUUCACUAAUAUGGAUGAACUGAAAAAAGAAUAUGAAAAGCAAGAAUUACUGAUUGCAGGUUAUCAACGUGAAAAUGAAAAGUUGUAUGCAACUGUUAAAAAAUUACAUAAAGAUAAGCAAACUGAAACCGAAGAUUCACAGACAGCAAAACGUCUUACUAAUGAAAAUCUUUCUUUAAGAGUUGAAGUGGAACAAUUAAAUAAAGAAUUAAAAUUGCGUAGUCAACAAAUAUGUACCAUGUUAUCUGGGAAUUCAAGAUUGAAUCAAGAAAAUCGAAUAAAUGAAUUACAAGAACUGAAUAAACAAUUGGAUAAUGAGAGAAAUAAGUUAACAAAAGAAUUAAAUGAUACACGUUUAGAGUUGACAAACAUGAAUUUAAAAAUGAAUAAUCAUAUACGUGAGAAAAAUGAUUUAUUAGAAAGAUAUGAAAAUUUUAAAGAAAAAUCUCAAACAGAUUGUACAAAUAUGAAAGAAACAUAUUUAUGUCAAAUAGAAGAUCUUCAAAAGAAAUUACGUUGGUAUAUUGAAAAUCAAUCAAUAAUCAUUAAAGAUUCAAAGAAAUUACAAAACCAAGCUAGAGAAUUGGAAAAAUUGCAAGCAGAAUUAUCAUAUUUUAAAAGUAAAAAGGUUUCUGGUCCCAAGUCGAGUGAAUCAAAACAGCCACAUAACAGUAAGGAUUUAUCAAAUGAAAGUGAACAGGCAUUUCUUCUUCAAAGAAUUAAAUUUCUUGAAUCAGAAUUAGAUAGAGCUCAUGAAAAUGAGAAACGAGCUAUUCGUGCACUUCAGCAACAGUAUGAACGAGUUAAAUUACAGUAUGAAGAUCGUAUACAAUCAUUAGAAUCAUAUAUCAACUCCUAUUGUAUUCAUAAUCAAACUUAUUCACCUUUAUUAUUAUCUAAUGAUGAAAAUUCUAUUUUAACAUCAAAUAAUUCAAAAAACCCAGAAAUUUUACAAAAAUCAUUAAAACAAUUAAAAAAUUCUAAUCAAUCAAUAAUCCUUUCAAAUUUAUUAGAUGAUUUACGCGGUCAAAUAACCAAUUUAAAAAUACAAUUAAAACAACGACAAAAAACAAUUGAACAAAUGAAACAUUUUGCACAAUUGAAUAGUAACCAUUUAAACAACAAUAAUAAAUUCAAGCCUUCAAUAUAUAAAAAUAAACAAUGUCAUUAUUCACAUUUAUAUGAAAUUCAAUCUAGACAAAUAAAUAGGAUUAAUGAUAAGAUAAAUUUGAGAAAAAAUAAAAUAAUCAGUUCAAAUGAGCAAAACAAUGAAGAUGUUUCCAUCAACGAUAAAGAAUCAAUUAGUUUGAAAGAACAUAAUGCACUCAAAAACUUGUUACAGAGUCGUAUAACUAAACUUGAAAUUGACCUGGAAAAAUCACAGGAAUCAGUGAAAUCUGGAGUAACUUGUGAUGCGUCCACCAACACUGAUUUCAUUGAAAGAACUGAUGAUUCAUAUAUCAAAAUUCUGGAGAGGCGAUUUAAAAAUCAAAUUGAUACCACUGUGUCCAAACAAACAGAAUUAAAUCGACUGAAAAGAUUAAUGACUAAUCGAAAUAAACAUUAUCAUCCUCAUCUUCACCAUCAUUUGCACAACGGGGAUAAAAGUGAAUAUGAUUUGAAUUCAAGUCAAUAUACAAAUGAAAACAUUCCCUCUUCAUUAUUACAAAUCGAAGAUGAUUCUUAUAUUGAAGAAUACAUGAAUGAAAUGUAUACUAAUCCAAAUUAUUGUACAAAUCUUGAAGCAGAUUAUUGGCGUAAUAUUGCAUUGAAAAUGAAUAAUGAAUUAAAUCAUUUACAAAAUGAUGCAAAUAUACUUGUAAAUAUCUUAACAGAAUUACAACAAUGA